AUGAGCAGGCUACACUCCUCGCCAAUUGCGGACUGGAUGGGGGCGGCGGCGUCAUUAGACACCACGCCGCAGCGCAGCAGCCACUCCUGCGAGAACGUGCUGCCCAUUUCACCACACAGCGUGAGAAAGGCUACUGUUGCCUCAACGUGUGUUGCACCGCGCAGUGGGACAGUGGGUGUUGGGCCACAUUUCAAAUCUUCUGCAGCUGCAUCGGCGUUUGCUUCUGCUUCUGUACCCUUUGAGGGGGAACACCUGACGACGCCGCUAAGCUGGCAAAUGCAUUACUGUCAUUCCCUCGCCCUAAGCUGCAAGGAGCGCGCCGCACAGUUAGAGAAAGUGGAAGCGGAAAAGCGGCAGCACCUCAAAGACAUGGCGGAGUUUUCCGAUGAACUGUGUACCAAGACUGAUUUCCUGCAAGCGUUAGAGAAGCAAUUUGAUACCGCUCUUUGUAGGGAAACAGAGAUGCACAAACAGCUAAAAGAAGAGGCUAGGCGGCGAGGCCUUUUCUGA